AUGGCCUGGUUCAACUUCUACAGCCACACGUCGCAGGAUAGCUAUACAACUUUCGUGCUCACGCAGAAGCACCUAGAUAAUAGCCGCGCCAGCCGCGCCAGCAUCUUGAUGAAAGUGGGUGCUUGCGUCGGCGGCACCAUAAUAGGUUACAUGUCCCAAUUCCUCGGCCGUCGGCGCUCCAUCAUCCUGGCCGCGCUGAUGAGCACCCUGUUGAUCCCUGCCUGGAUCCUCCCGGAAGGCGAACACAGGCUCUCCGCAUCGGCGUUCUUCAUGCAAUUCUUCGUCCAGGGCGCGUGGGGCGUGAUCCCCAUCCAUCUCAACGAGUUAUCUCCGCCAGAGUUCCGCUCCAGUUUCCCCGGCGUCACGUAUCAGCUUGGAAACAUGAUCUCAUCCCCGUCGGCGCAGAUUGUCAAUGCGAUCGCAGAAGCGAAUUCUAUGCGGGGAACGCAAGGGGAGCCGGAGCCGGCGUAUGGGCCGACGAUGGGGGUUGCGACGGCAAUUAUUGCCGUGGGUAUUGUGGUUACGACUAUGUUUGGGCCGGAGAAGAGGGGGAGGAAGUUUGAGCAGGCGAAGGUAGCGGGGACUGUAGAAACGACGUUUGCUGGGGAGGUUGAUGCUAAAGCUGUUGAGGCCGAGGAUGGGGUUGUGAAGGAGAUGGAGAAGAAGUAA